UCGAGCAGUCGAUGAGAGUCUAGGGCCGGGAUAGCGGAAGUGGACCGGCAGCCGGAAGUACCUGGAAGCACAGUCAACCUGAGUGUCUGACAGGAUCCUGAGCUUCGGAGGAGGCAGCCAUGGAGUUGGGCGAGCUUCUGUACAACAAGUCCGAGUACAUCGAGACGGCAUCUGGAAACAAAGUUAGUCGCCAAUCUGUUUUGUGUGGAAGCCAGAACAUCGUUCUCAAUGGCAAGACCAUUAUAAUGAAUGACUGUAUCAUCCGAGGAGACCUGGCAAACGUAAGAGUUGGACGUCACUGUGUUGUGAAAAGCCGUAGUGUCAUAAGGCCACCAUUCAAGAAAUUCAGCAAAGGUGUUGCGUUCUUUCCUCUGCAUAUUGGGGAUCAUGUCUUUAUCGAGGAAGACUGUGUGGUCAAUGCUGCUCAGAUCGGUUCUUAUGUUCACGUUGGAAAGAACUGUGUGAUUGGGCGCCGAUGUGUCUUGAAAGACUGCUGCAAAAUUCUUGACAAUACAGUAUUACCUCCAGAAACUGUGGUCCCACCGUUCACCGUCUUCUCAGGCUGCCCAGGACUCUUCUCAGGGGAGCUCCCAGAGUGCACACAGGAGCUGAUGAUUGAUGUCACCAAGAGCUACUACCAGAAGUUUCUGCCCCUAACACAAGUGUAAUGUCUUUGCUUCAGAUCUUGAAUUCUUUUGAACUCUACGAUGAACUUGGAGAUAAAGAAAGCAGUCAGGGACUACAAGAGCCAUCGUGUGUUUUUGGCAACUUGUACUUUCUUUUCUUUUCUUUUUAAU